CAAAUCAUAUCAAAUAUUUCUACAGAAAAUCGGAAGAAAGGCGUACAUAUUGGCUGGGGUGCACGAUGGCGAAGUAAAUGCAAUUGAUAGAGAGGUGAGGUCCCGAACAAUUUUCCAAUUGCCGUUUCGAUCCCAGCCGAACAAACGAUCAUGAGCAACGACUACGAUUAUUUGUUCAAGCUUUUGCUAAUCGGGGACUCCUCUGUGGGAAAAUCUUGUUUGCUCCUCAGAUUCGCGGAUGAUUCCUAUGUUGAGAGUUACAUAAGUACCAUUGGAGUUGAUUUUAAAAUCAGAACUGUGGAGCAGGAUGGAAAGACAAUCAAGCUGCAGAUUUGGGAUACUGCUGGACAGGAGCGGUUCAGGACAAUUACAAGCAGUUAUUACCGAGGAGCUCAUGGAAUAAUUAUUGUCUAUGAUGUUACUGAGAUGGAGAGUUUCAACAAUGUCAAGCAGUGGUUGAAUGAAAUUGACAGAUAUGCAAAUGAAAGUGUAUGCAAGCUUCUAGUUGGGAAUAAGUGUGAUUUGGUCGAGAACAAGGUUGUCGACACACAAACAGCAAAGGCAUUUGCAGAUGAGCUUGGAAUCCCGUUCCUUGAGACAAGUGCUAAAGACUCGAUCAAUGUGGAGCAAGCUUUCUUAACCAUGGCUAGCGAGAUCAAGAAAAAAAUGGGUAACCAACCAACUGCGAACAAGUCAACAGGAACUGUUCAAAUGAAGGGGCAACCAAUCCAGCAGAACAGCAGCUGUUGUGGUUAAGCAUGGCGACUGUAGUUGUCAAUUUGCCGUUACCAAAUUGCUAGACGCUGAAACUCUGUUGACUGUACUCACUUCCAAAUGGAUAUAUCAGAAACUGUUAAAUAUGGCUAUUUUAAUUCACUCCUUAGCUUUUGGGAAAAAAUGAAUUUUGACUCGAGCGAAGAAGGUAUUCGAUUCCAGGUCACAAGUUCUCAUUGAUAUGUUGAACGUAAAUAAUAGACUAUUACGUAAUUUCCACAGUAUAUCAAAACUUACUUGUCCAUGUAGUUGCUUUCAACUGUACCCUCAUUCUAAUUAUUCUCGUAUUGAGUAAUGAAUAGGGGUAUAGUCCAUGAGUUGUUUUUAACCAUCCUCGUAAUAAACAGUACAACUCACACAAAACCAUCAGAAACCCUAAUAAACGUCGAAGACGCAUCCAUGAAUAAAUCACAAUCAAUCAAUAAAACAGCAACAAAAUAUAGUACCCAAAACUUAAAAUAAAAAUAAACAAAACGUUCCUGAAAAAUUGGGGGAAAAAAGGAUUAAAAAAACUGAAACGAGAACGGA